AAGAUCUAAGAACGCGAGUUCGAGUUUUGUGAGAAUCCGUGGCAGGAAAAUGGUCACACGAAAAUGCUUGUGUGGAUUCUAAGCACCGGGUGGUGGCACGGCGCUGCUCCGCUCGAUUUCAUGUCGGUUUUGAUCGUGGGACUACUCUGCAGUGUACUCCUUGCAAGUUUCAUCUACAUCAACAGAUCGAUCAAGACAAAUCAUUCGCAGCCUCUUCGAGCGCUGGCUUCCAUCGCCAUAGUCGCAGCUCUCUACACCCUCUGGUGUGCGAUCAGAGUAUACGUGAUGGUUCCCCGAUUGCCUGCCGUGGGAGAAGAAGCCGAUUUGGGAAUUUUGGUGUUCUUGGCGAUUUUUUUCUUCGCCCCUCAUGCGCUGUGCGUGGCGUCCAUGCACAGCAUUGACACUUCCAGCGAAAUCCAUAUGGUGUAGAGUUUUUUUAA